CUUUUGGCCGGACACCCGUUUCAACAUGGCGAGGCACCUCCGCUUCAUCGCUCGGACGGUGAUGGUUCAAGAGGGAAACGUGGAUGAGGCGUACAAGACUCUGAACAGGAUCCUGACUCAGGAUGGAAUUAUUGAGACAGUGAAGCGGAAACGCUACUACGAGAAGCCCUGCCGGGAGCGCCAGCGCAAGAACUUUGAGGGCUGCCGACGUAUUUACCACGCGGAAAUGGCCAGAAGAAUUGCCUUCAUUUCCAGGACCAACCGAGAGGAUCCAUGGGUCGGCUGCUAGAGCGGUGAAGUGGGUUGACGGAGGACCUUAAAAGUGGACUGGUUUUGGACUGGAAGACAACAUAAAAGCAUUUACAGAGACUGGAACAAAAUGUUGACAGUGAUGUUGAUAUUAAUGGGAUCACAUAAGUAAGAGCAGGAAAAUAUUCAGUUUCUUUCAUCGUUUUUUUCCACUUAAUUUGGCCUGAAAAUUGCAGAACUUGAAGGGGACAAAUGAAUUAAUUCUGAUUAUUCAUUGUGAUGAAAAAAUUAAUAAACAUUUGAUUUGGAUGAUUCAUUUUUUUUU